AUGUCGUAUAUUCAGCCUCGUAUAGGUAUUUUUUGUGCAAUUCCGUUUCUUUUUUCACAACAUCCCAGUCAACCAACGGUUAUUAGUUCUCUAACUGAAACCAGGGUAAAUGGGUCAGUUCAUAGUACGGAAAACUCUAAAAAAAAGAGUAUUCCUAGCUUUGUUCCCCAAACAAUAGAGACUAAUCAACCCGUGGUUGAUAGGGAGAUCAUAGUUGUAUCAGAUUCUGAAUCAGAUACUGAAACUAGAAGUCCCGUUGUGUCUAGAAAAGCGAAAGGUAAAGAAAAAGCAACUGUUGAUGAUAUUAAUAAAAAUUUGGAAGAUUCCGCAUCUAUUAUAGUAGAUCAAACUCAAACUUCAAAUGAUAGCGUAAAUCGAAGUAAUGUUCUUGUUAACGAUAAUAAUCAAUAUGUUAAUAUUGAUCCUCUAUCAAAUGUUACAUCAACAUUCACUCGUGAAAAUAAAGCUUAUACUAACAAGAAAAGUCUUCUUGAUGGUUAUGCUUCAAUGUCAAAUAAGGAAAUCCCUUCAUUCUUCCAAAAUGUUAACCCGGUUAGGAUUUUUUUGUAUAUAUUGGAAAAUCAUAAUUCCAUUGUUGAGUUAUUUGACAUCAUAGUCGAUUUUGCUCGAAUUUAUCUUGAGAUUUAUGGAGAAGAUAAACGAAUGAUUUCAAACUUACAUGAUCCCCAACCUCUUAUUUCUGAUUUGAUGCUUUGCUUAAAGCUAAAAACGAGAGAUGAUCUCUACAUGGAGAAAUCAAAAAGAUUUAAGCAGGUCGAAUUGCUUGCGAGAAAGGCUAUUGAAAUGAUUGAACAAUUGAAUGAUACAGGCGAAAUGAAAGGAUUAAAAGGUUAUAAGAAAGCUUUCACAAGCAAAAGAAAAAAUGAUGAAGGAGAGAAUUCACAAGAAAAACGAAUAAAACAGCAUCAUGAUAGUUCUGAUGAUGAAAAACGAUCAGAACAAAGAAAACGAGAAUUGCAAGAAAGAAAAGAACGUGCAAUUGAAAUAGUAAAAAUAAAGUGGAAAGAGAUAGAACAACAAAGAAAGCUUCAAAAAACUAUGUUUAGAGUUCCACCAUCCAGGAGACUUGAUCAUCCAUCUAUGCCAUCACUUUCGAAUUUCACUUCAUAUGAUAUCCGCUUUUCUCAGCCAAGAAAGAAUCUUAAUGAUUCUGAUGAUGAACAAUUUGUGGAAUUGUUGGCUGAACCUUUACAUGACCUGAUGACAGCUCAAGCUGUAUAUGGAUCAUUCGAGCAUUUUACUCCGUUUAAAAUGAGUAAAGCCGUUGGCAGAUGUAAAAUCAGUAAAAUAUUCCCAUUUAAUAUUCAUGAAAGAAAAGAGUACUGUAAACAAUUGUAUCGUCAGUACAUCAAUACUGAUAUGGAUAGUACAGCUAAAUCUCUCGAGAGAUGGUUCAAUUCCUUAAUAUUACAAAGCACUAAUUUGGAACAUGUUAAUAGAUAUAUGGCACAAUUUCAACAAAAUAUGCAUUGGUAA